CUACCUUGUUGCCUGCCUCGGCUCAACCUUUUCUUUCGGACAUCCCUGUGGAGAAGCCUAGUGCAUCUGAGAUUAGACGGAACCUUACUCCUAGAGAGGCACGGCAAUUAGCAGAGCUACAAUACCAUGAGCAGCUACGGGCAUAUCAGAGAUGGGUAGCAGCUGUGGCUGAUGCUAUGAGGGAUAGGGCUACUGCAACUGCAGCAGCAAUGGAAGAAGGAGAACAUCAUGAACAAGGGGUGGAUGAAGGGGAUAAUGGUAGUAUAGAUGGAAAGGAACAUGUAGAGGCAACUGAAGUGGGCAUUUGA